UUAAAAAUGGUCAUCAACAAAGUAUUGCUUGUAUCAAAUGAUAAUGAACAAUUUGAAGUGGAUAGAGGGAUUAUUCGUCUUUCUAGUGUUUUAAAUGAUAUUUUUAAAGAUGUUGGAAUGGAUGAACCUGGAGGCAGUGAUAAUAGUGAAACUGUUCCUUUGGCUGAUGUAGACGGUGUUAUUCUUCGAAAAGUCAUUGAGUGGUGUGAACGUCAUAAAGAUGAUCCACCAAACAAAAACUAUAACGAGUUUUCUAGUUGGGAUGAUGAAUUUCUUAAAAUGGAUCGGAGCACUCUUUUUGAGAUUAUUUUGGUAUGCAAACUUUAAAUUGGGCUUUAAUGGGAAAUUGAAUUCCCGACCUAGUUUAGUUCCAAAAAUGGUUGAGAUGUUUAGGAGUGAAUGUUUAUGGUUAUUAUUGUAGUAUUAUUGCUUAAGUUGGCACCUGUAAUGGUUGAAACCAACAACCCUAUUCAGAAUAACGUCUUAAUAAUUCCAAUUUUUCUGCUUUUCUCUUCACCUUUUCUCCUCUCUCA